GGUUUGUCGUACUGACGUGCUCCUGAGAUAACAAUACUGAGGACGUGGUCGUCAUUGAGACAACGGAGUUUCAGGCUCAAAAGUUCUCCGGAUAGCGUUUAAAAUGGGAAUCCGAAAGAAGAACAACAAAAAUCCACCGGUGCUCAGCCAUGAGUUUGUCAUCCAGAAUCAUGCAGAUAUUGUUUCAUGUAUUGCUAUGGUGUUCCUACUUGGACUUAUGUUUGAGAUUACCUCAAAGGUGGCGGUUUUGUUCAUAACCGUACAAUAUAAUGUUACCAUCUCUGAAAAUGAGGGCGCUGAGGAAACAACUGUGAAUUACUUUCAUAACGGAUUAAAGGACCUGGCCACCGUCUUCUUCUACAUGCUGGUAGCCAUCAUCAUGCAUGCCAUUAUCCAGGAGUAUGUGCUUGAUAAAAUCAACAGAAAAAUGCACUUCUCCAAAACCAAGCACAGCAAGUUUAAUGAAUCUGGUCAGCUGAGUGCCUUCUACCUCUGCUCCUGUCUGUGGGGAGCAAGCAUUCUGUUCUCUGAGAACAUUCUGUCCAGACCUGUCAGUCUGUGGGAAGACUACCCCCAUGUCUUAAUGCCAUUCCAGAUGAAGUUCUACUACAUCUGUCAGCUUGGUUAUUGGCUUCAUGCCCUUCCUGAACUUUAUUUCCAGAAGGCCAAGAAAGAGGAUAUCCCACGUCAGCUGGUUUACAUUAGCUUGUACCUGGUCCACAUUGCUGGAGCCUAUAUCUUGAAUCUUAACCGCCUGGGCCUGGUCCUCCUGGUGCUGCAUUAUUUUGUCGAGCUUCUGUUCCAUGUGUCACGUCUGAUCUACUUCAGCAAUGAGACCAGACAAACUGGAUUCACCGUGUGGGCCUUUCUCUUCGUCCUUGGCCGUUUGCUGACCCUGUCCCUUUCUGUCCUCACUGUUGGUUUCGGCCUUGCAGGAUCUGAGCGGCAAGGCCUGAAUUUGGCCGAGGGAAACUUCAAUAUCCUUUUUGUUCGAAUCACCGUACUGGCUGCAAUCUGCACUACUCAGGCUUUCAUGAUGUGGAAGUUCAUCAACUUCCAGCUGCGGCGGUGGCGAGAGCAUGCACAAACUCAGGCCUUAAAGAAGAAAUCAGUUUCCACCAAGAGCAAAUCAAAGAAAGCUAAUGGAGUGAACGGAUCUGUGAGCGCCAAUGGAGCAGACUCUCCCAGAGCCAGAAAAGAAAAGUCCUCAUAGACACUUUGCCACUGUGCUGGGCUAUUGUCAUGUCAACACAUUUCACAGCCUCAUCUGCUCUUGUCUAUGUACUUUGUCUCACCAAAUUAUGAGGGUCCAAGAACAAUCUACCUUGUCUGCUUGCAGCCAAUCUUCAAUCCCCCAACAUCAAAAUCGUGUCCCAGCUGUGCCAAUUACUGAAAAUAAAGUUUAUAGAAAAGAACAAGGAGAACAUAUUUAAAAGUGCCUAACAAUGCCAAAUCUGUACAGGUAUACAUUUAAGUCUUUGGAACACAAAAGGGUACCAAGCUGUUUGUAAAUUUAGUAACCAGUGGUAAUCGGUGUGUAUUCUCUCAUAAGAUUAUUUUGAAAUUAAAUCCAUAGUAUUUUUGAGCCACAUCUUGUUCUUUGCAGUGUUCAUGAAGUAAGGUAUUACAGUACGUGUAGUCUACUAUGGAAGAUGUCUUUACGUCUCAAAAUAUUGUUUCUAAGAAUGAUUUGCACUUUGUUUAGUGUUUGUGUUCAAGCCAAGUAUUAUUAGUGUUUGUGUUCAAGCCAAGUAUUAUCAAGAGUCAUUUUUACUUGGCUGGUCAUUUGAUUCAUUCACCAAAAAAGGCAGAUUUUUCUUCAAUGAAAAACCAAAUGUCAUUUUUAAGGCACACAAUUUUGAACUGGAGCCAUUUUUAGAAAACUUGGACAAGUUAAAAUUUUCCUUGUGAUGUCCAAAAUAAUAUAUUUUGUUGUAAAAACAUUGUAAGGUGUGUAUAGAGAUAGAAUGUACAUUGUAUUAUUUACCUGACAGCUUCUCUGAAUUUGGAGCUUGACAUUUGUCAGAUUUUCUCAGAAUUUGUUAGAUUCACUUGCUCACAAUUGCUUAUUUUCCUGUUAAAGGGCUUCUGCUGAAUUAUUUCUUCUACAUUCUAGAAUAAGAGAAAGAUGUGGUGAUGAAAUAGAUUCAAUACAGGACAUUUUGGGAAUUAAAUGAAAAUGUUUACUUUCUUAACUUCAAUUUUACUGGUUAUUGUAUGACUGCCACAUGUUCGCGAGAAGUCCAAGAGCAGCAUUGAAUGAGUUCGUUGUGGGAAUUACGGUCCAAAUGUCAAGAUGGAUUUCCCUUUUGUAAUUUCGCUAGUCAGAUGAUGGCGCUAUGGACCACGUCAAUACAGAACGCUAGUGUGUUUAGGAGAGUUUACGUGUGUACGUGUUGUUUUGCCCGACAAAUACCACUAUAUUUUCCUCUCUUCUAAACAAAUAAAGCAACAAGAGGCAAUUUGUUCCA